GGCAAAUUUAUCGCGAUCGCUAUAUAAUUUGUGAGCGAGCUACGUAAAUUAAAAAUUUAUUGUUGCUACUGAUCAUGGUUUAUUAUGUUAAAUAUUUUUGCAGCAUUAUAGCUGUAAUUUGUGCUGUUUCUUCUGCAUAUGAUGAAGAUGAAUGCAGUAUCGGUCGUGUCUAUAAUCCUGAUACACAGAAACACAUCUCUAAUAUUCCCACAGGCUGGUAUCUUAAUCUUGAUAGUCCCCUGAGCUGCUCUGGUAGGCUAAGCACUCUUAUGGUUAGAUUCUACCAGCCUCUCAACAGUGGGCGUUAUUGCAUACCUUGGGCAUUGUGGAAACCACUAGAAAACGGCACCUAUCAACGAGUAUCAAAUUCUGAUGGUUCAUAUUGCCAGUAUUUUGAUGAAGCCGCAGAUGAAGACGACCCUGAGUUAUACACUCAUGAUACUACUAUACAGUCUUAUCAACGUCAUCUAGUAGAAAGAGGCCUCGUCAUUGGAGUGUAUAUUAGAAGCUAUGAAACUCUCUCAGUUGUUACAAAUUCUUCCAGAAUUUUUGAAUCAUCUGGUGUUUGUCGAGCAACCAGUGGAGUAACUAAUGCUAGCAGUGUUAUAAACUGCACUGUGUAUGGAUCGGGGAGGCUGAACUUACUUCUGAAUGUUGAUAUAAUAGACUGUGGUCAGCCCUCUCCUCCAGCCAAUGGCUCUGUUACUUAUGGCAGUACACAAUACGGGUCUGUGAUCACGUACGCUUGCUAUUCUGGUUAUACUCUCAAUGGUUCUCUUAACAAUACCUGCUCAUCUGCUGGAAGCUGGACUGCUCCUACCCCAACCUGUCAACAAUUAAAGCAUUGCCCUAACAUAACGAUAAACAAUGGUUCCAUGAGAGCUAAUAAUAGCAUGGGUAGGGGACCGUUUUAUACUGGGACUAUUGUGCUGUUUACUUGUGAUGUUGGAUUUAGGCUAAGUGGGAGUCCCAGACUUGUUUGCAGGCCUGAUGCUACAUGGGAUAACAAUACCCCAACAUGUAUACCUAAUAAGACAGUGAUACCGCCCCCAUCCGUGACAGGGUUCAAUAGCAGUAACACAAUUAUCAUGAGUUCAACUGUUAAGUCUUCCCCAUCUGUGAUAGUGUUUAAUAGCAGUAACACAAUUAUCAUGAGUUCAACUUUUAAGUCUUCCAGCACUUCUAUGGCUACUGUGUUCACUACACUCCUUUCUUCUGCUAGUAGAGCUUCUGUUUCUUCUUCAAGUUCUUUUAUGGCUACCAGUAAUAAUGUGAUUAGUCAAAACACUGUCUCUGUUUCUGUCUCUCCUUCCAAUUCAGUCAUACCCAUAAUAAAUGAGCCAAUAUUUACACGAACUCAAUUAAUUAUAUUAAUUGUGGCUUGUGGUCUGUUUACUUCUGCCAUAACAGCAAUCAUUGCUUUGGUCAUUGUCAUAAUGUGCAGAACAAGGAGGAAAGAAGGGAGGAACGUUUCUAAUAAUGUCUCAUAUUUUGUGGAAGGUAGAGAAGACCUGAUAUACAGCGAUGUGUAUAGAGCACCUCAACAAGCCAUUGCACUUGAAGAGAGGCCGCAUCACGAGUAUGAGGAGCCUCAAACUGAUAUAACACGAUAUGAGGAACCUGCCCGAGGCAAAGAGGAUCUCUAUGUUCAACUUGACAGGAUAAAAGUAAAGAAGAUACUACUUAGUGACAUUGAAUUAAAGGACUAUCUUGGUUCUGGGCAGUUUGGUUUUGUUCACAAAGGAAUAUGGAAGGGAAGCCUGGUUGCUGUCAAGUCACUGAGGAAUGAAACUACCGAUAUUGAUAGAGUGAAGUUUCUUCAAGAAGCGGCCAUCAUGGGGCAAUUCUCUCACUCUAACAUUGUCAAACUUUAUGGGCUAGUAAAUGAAGGAGAUGAUAAUAUAAUGCUUGUGGUGGAGCUAAUGCCUGCUGGAGACCUACAGAAAUACUUACCAAGUCUUAGAAACAAUCAAAGUAAAGAAGGCUUGGCAGAAAGCCUGCUAACGUACUGCAAGGAGAUAUGCUCUGGCAUGCUCUAUUUGUCUAAGAGAGGAUUUGUUCAUAGAGAUCUUGCUGCUAGAAAUAUACUACUAACAGCCACUAACCAAUGCAAGAUUGCUGACUUUGGUAUGUCACGUGAUGUUGAAUUAGAAGGCUAUUAUGUUGCACAGAGAGGAACUAUGAUACCUAUAAAAUGGACGGCCCCUGAAGCACUCAAAUUUCGCAAGUACUCAUCAGCUUCAGAUGUUUGGAGCUAUGGCUGUGUACUGUAUGAGAUAUGGAGUCUGGGAUUGAAGCCAUUUGAGCAUUCACAUAACAAAGAGGUUUUAGACAAGUUGGAUAAAGGCUAUAGGAUGCCCCCACCUUCUGGCUGUCCAUAUUUAAUGUACAAGCUCAUGAUACUGUGCUGGCAUCCUGAGCCCAGUCAGAGACCAUCAUUUCCAGAAAUCUCUCGUUUCCUAUUAGAACAAAGCAACGAGAGUCUACUCCAUCUACCAGAGGGUGACAUUGGGACUCAUCCAAAAGCAAAACAAUUGGGCUCAAGUGAUCUUUAUGCUGGUGAAAAUAUGUACAAAGAUCUACAGAAUGCUUAUGUCUAUUAUUCCACUUUGCAACACAUUUAACUAACUUGACUUAUUGUACAUUUUUCAAUUAAUGUCUUCUGUUGUUAUGAUAAAUUAUAAUCACUGCUAUGAGCAUUUUGUGUAUGUAUUAAAAUGAA